AUGUGGCAGCUUGCAAGAUCGAUCAUGACGAUCGGCCGGUCAUUAAGACAUCAUCAAUGCAAUUAUGUAUGGCUAGCAAAACGAAGCCACUUCUUUAAAAAGUUGAAAAAAAUCACCCCUACAACUCAAUAUUUAUACUCAUUAGGUGCUGAUGUGGAGAAAUUGCUAUUACAAAAUGCUCCUAUAACCAAGAGAAAGGUAGAUAUAGUUCAAGAUCAUGUUGCAUUCUUGCAAAAUUUAGGCAUCAGUGAAGACUCGUUAAGUAUCGUUAUAACCAAAGGCCAUCGUUUUAUAUUAGCAGCAAGGCCUGAAUUGCAACAACGUAUCGAGUUUUUCACCGAUUUAGGCAUGACAAAAGACGAUGUGGUCGGAAUGAUUGUUACCUUUCCUAAAUUAAUGACGAUGCAUACAGUACGCGAGAUACUACCUCGUAUUGAUUACUUGCGAUCAAUCAUCUCAACCGAUAAAGCGAUAGCUACCAUCAUUCAGAGCAAUCCGACAUCUUUAAAUUAUUCCCCAUUGAAAUUGCAAGAGCGAAUUGAUAUUUUCCGAAAUGGCUUUUUGAAAUUCGAUGUUCAAGAUAUUGAAAAGAUUAUUAUCGAUUGUCCACGAUUAUUAUCCAUCAAGAGCAGUUCUUCGACACGUUCCUUACUUUGGUUGAAAAACAAUUAUUUUAGUCAAGAUCAAAUACAACAAAUAAUCCUAAAAUAUCCUUGCUUCGUAACCCUCGACUUGGCCAAAAUUGAUGCCAUUUGGAAAUGGAUGAAUAAGACUGGUUUAAUCUUUACUAACAAGAAGAAUGAUAAUCCUCAUCGUAAACAGUCAAGAUCACUUAUUCAACAGUUACAGGAAAAACUGAAAUCACCUUAUGAAGUUAGAGAUAUUGUCGAAUAUCCGAAUGUAUUUGGUGAACCCCUAGAAAAACUUCGAAAUCGAAUUCGAUAUGUAACCUCAUUACAGAUUCUUGAUGAGAAACUUAUUCCAUUUGAAGAUUUAGUCAAAUUUGAUGAUCGAGCAUUUGCAGAGACAAUAGCGGAAUCGAACUACAAAAGUUAUCAGCGAUUUGUGGCUAGACAGUCAGCAUCUCCUUGGGUAUGGGUACAUAUGGGCAGUUUUUUGUCUUUAGAGCAAAAGUUGAUCAUGUCAUUCAGUUUAUAA